AUGGAUGCAGAGAAACAAAGUCUGGGACUACUGGCUGGAGAACACGGAGACAGAUUUUGUGCAAUGCAGGCACUGGAACCAGAGGACAGGACCAGAGCUCAUGAGUCCUUAAAGUACAUGUCAGAUGUGAAGAGGGAUGUUUGGAGGAACAGUAAAGAGGAGCGAUCGGAGCCUCCCUGUUGCCUGAGCGGCAGCAACAUCUCCUACACAGUCAGUGAGCGUGUGGGUCCAUGGUGGGACUUAUCAUCCUACAGGAAGCGAUGGACACGUCAGAUCCUCAACGAUGUCUCCUUCCAUGUAGAAAGUGGACAGAUCAUGGGCAUACUGGGAAAUUCAGGCUCAGGAAAGACCACAUUGUUGGACGCCGUCUCUGGCAGGAUUGGACACCGUGGUACACUGCUGGGUGAAGUCUUCAUUAAUGGCAGGAAACUGAAGAGAGAAGAGUAUCAGGACUGUUUCUCUUAUGUGCUGCAGAGUGAUAACUUACUGAGUUAUCUGACUGUGGAGGAGACUCUGACAUACACAGCACAGCUGGCACUGCGGAAUCAUUCAGCUGAUGCGAUCAAGAAGAAGGUGUCCUCGGUGAUGGCCGAGCUGAGUCUGAGUCACGUGGCCCACAGCGUUAUCGGAGGCCGUGUUUUCCCAGGGAUCUCUGGGGGCGAGAGGAGGAGGGUCUCCAUCGCCUGCCAGCUCCUGCAGGACCCACGCGUGAUCCUGUUGGAUGAACCCACCACCGGCCUGGACAGCAUGACAGCCAAUCAGAUUGUGGUGCUCCUGGCACAGCUGGCCCAGAGGAACCGUAUCGUCAUAGUAACGAUCCACCAACCGCGCUCCGAGCUCUUCAAGGUGUUCAGCAGGAUCGCAAUCAUGAGUCGUGGAGAGCUGGUGUUCUGUGGACAACCGGAGGAAAUGGUGGACUUCUUCAGUCAGUGUGGCUAUGAGUGUCCAGAGUACUGCAACCCCUUUGACAUUUAUGUUGACUUCACCUCAGUGGACACACGCAGCAGCGAAAGGGAGGCAGCCACUUUCAAUCGCAUGCACGAGAUCACGGCGUCCUAUCAGGGCUCGGCGAUCUACCAGAGCAUGCUGGGAAAAAUAGUGCAGAGCCUGCAGCAGGAGGACAAACAAGCCAUUCCCUUUAAGAGCAAAGAGUCGCCCAGUGGCUCGGCCAAACUGGAGGUUCUGCUCAGACGGACUGUGAGGAACCUGUCCAGAGAUAGGAUGGGUGUUCUGAUGCGUCUGUCCCAGAACCUGAUCUAUGGUCUCUUUGUGGCCUUCUUUGUCAUGCGUUUAGACAAUGACGUCAGUAAGGGCGCAGUGCAGGACCGCAUUGGCAUCAUCUACCAGAGCAUCGGUGCCUCACCCUACACUGGCAUGCUGAAUGCUGUAGCCCUCUUCCCGGCGUUGCGAGCCAUCAGUGAUCAGGAGAGUCAGGACGGUCUGUACAGUAAAUGGCAAAUGUUUCUGGCCUACAUCUUCCACAUCCUGCCCCUGAGCAUCCUGGCCAUCGUAGUGUUCAGCUCUUUCCUUUACUGGACGGUGGGCAUGUACCCCGAUACUAUACGCUUCCUGUGUUUCACUGCUGUUGUCCUGGUGCCACAUAUCAUAGGUGAGUUGCUGACUGUGGUGCUCUUAGGUGUGGUCCAAGACCCUUACAUGGUCAACACUGGUGUGGCUCUGCUCAAUAUUGCAGGGAUCUUGGUGGGAUCUGGAUUCCUAAGAAGCACACAGCAGAUGCCGCAGGUUUUCCAGUGGCUCAGCUACUUGACUUUCCAGAAGUACAGCUGUGAGCUUCUCAUCGUCACCGAGUUCCAUGGACUCGAGCUCACGUGCAAUACGUCCAAACCUCUUCCAGGAGCCUGUAUGAUCACUCACGGCAAUCAGAUCAUUGAUGAAGGCUAUCCCGGCGCUCUGUCCCGAUACACACAAGACUUUCUUCUCCUCUACUCCUUCCUCCCUGUUCUCCUGCUGCUCGGCAUGAUCAGCUUCAAGAUCAGAGACAAGCUUGUACGCCAUUAG